AGUUAUGUCAAAAUGAGAGUCUUUCUUUCAAACAUAAAAUCUGCGAGCGUAUUCACUUUUAUAUUUUCACUUGCUGGCUGCAAACAGAAAUGGCCCUGAACAUAGAACUCCAUGAUCUAGAUCAGUCGGUAAAAGACAAUAAAUCGUACAAGUCCCUGGUGCUGCAGAAUGGUCUGCGUGCGUUGAUCAUAUCGGAUCCCAAUCUGGAGCCCGGCGGUGAGGCCUACAGCUACAAGACGGCUGCCCUGGCCUUGACGGUGGACUGUGGCUCAUUCAAAGAUCCGCCCAAAUAUCGCGGCCUGGCCCGCGUCCUGGAGCAUCUGCUGCGCACGGACGAGAUAUUUACGCCGCAUGUGCAGAAAUGUGGCGGCGAGAGCAACAUCCGCACCGAUUGCGAGGAGACAAUGUUCUACUUUGAGGUGCCCGAGACGCACCUGACCUCGUGUCUGUUGCACCUGACGGCGCUGCUGCUCAAACAGGACACGCUGGAGCGUGAGCGGCUGCCCAAUAUAGAGGAUCUGCAGCGCAAUGUCGAGGACUACAAAAUGCAGAGGAAUAAACUGCUGGCCAGCCUCGCCAGCGACGACUAUCCGCACGGGCUGUACGAUUGGGAGAACUUGGCAGAGCUCAAGGAGGAGGAUCCCGAGGAUGCAUUCGCCACGAUGAUCCAGAAGCUGCGACGCGACAAUUAUGUGGCCAAUCAGAUGCACGUUUGCCUGCAGGCCCGCCUGCCCCUCGACGAACUGGAGCAGAUGAUCUACCGCCACUUUGCCGUGAUACCGUGCAACGACAACGAGUCGACAGAUCUCACUCAGAGCUUCGAUUAUCGCAGCGCCUUUCGUGCGCAGUUCCACGAGCAUGUGUUCUAUGUGAACUCCACGGACGACAAAUGCCUGCUGGAGCUCACCUGGCUGCUGCCCAGUGUCUGGCAGUAUUAUCACAGCAAGCCGGAGCGAUUCGUGGCCUUUCUGCUCAGCCAGGAGGGGGCUGGCAGCCUGUGUGUGUACCUGCAGCGUCGCCGCUGGUCGGUCCAUCUGGUGGCGGGCAUCGACGAUAAUGGCUUCGAUCUAAAUUCCAUCUAUUCGCUGUUCAAAAUAUCCAUCCAACUCACCGCCGAGGGCUGCAAGCACAUCGAUGAGGUGCUGGCCGCCACCUUUGCCUACAUAAAGCUGAUCGCUGCCACGGAGCCGCAGGUGCUGCGGCAAUUGUAUGACAAACAGCAGACAAUUGAGGAAACCAAAUUCCAUUUCCAGGUCAAUCUUGCGGCGGUGCAUAAUGUGCAGGAUCUGGUGCUGAAUAGCAAACAUUAUCCGGUGAAGGAUGUGCUGACAGCCGGGAAGCUCUACUACGAAUACGACCAGCAGCAGCUGUCCGAAAUGAUUGGAUUUCUGAACAAAAUGGACUUCAAUCUGGUGAUUAUCAGGUCGGGGGAUACUGCGUCCGAGGACAGCACGCCCAUGCCCGGCAAAUGGCAGCAGUUGUGGCGGGAAUCGAAGCCCAUUGAGGAGCUGUGUCUGCCCGAACCCAAUCGCUUUGUGGCCGAGGAUUUUACUAUCUUUUGGCUGGAGCAGGGCCAACCGGAGCUACCGUCGCGCCCCACGAAGUUGAUACAAACGAGAGUCUGUGAGCUGUGGCACCGACUGGAUGACACAUUCGCUCAGCCCAAGGCCACCAUGUCGUUCUAUUUUAUAUCCCCGCUGCAGCGUCAGAGUGCCCGGAAAGAGGCCAUGUGCUCGUUGUACGUCAACUUGGUGGAGGGGCAGCUGGUCGAGCAGAUUUAUCCGGCGGCCAUUGCGGGUCUGCGCUAUGCCUUCACCGUCGGCGAAAAGGGUCUCGUCCUCAAGGUGCGUGGUUACAACGAGAAGCUCCAUUUGGUGGUGGAGGCCAUUGCCCAGGCGAUGGUGAAUGUUGGCGACACCGUCGAGGACUGGAUGCACACAGACUAUCGUGACAAUUUGCGUGAGUUUCAUUUCUAUGAACUGGUCAAGUCGCGGCUGCUUUGCAGGGACAUUCGCCAGUGUGUGCUCAAGGAGUCUCGUUGGCUGUGCAUCGACAAGUACAAGAGCAUCAAUGGCAUCAGUUUGGAUGACUUCAAGGCAUUUGCACGAAAGUUCCGCGAGGAGCUGUACAUUCAGGCCCUCAUCGAGGGCAACUACACGGCGGAGUCGGCCACCGAUGUGAUGAAUGACGUGAUCAGGCGCCUACAGUGCCGUCCCAUUCGAGAGCCCCGCUUUCUGGAGGAUCGGGUGAAGGAACUGCCACUGGGCAGCCACUGCAUCCGCUGUAGGGCCCUCAACGAGUGCGAUCCCAAUACGGUGAUCAUGAACUACUAUCAGAUCGGGCCGAAUACGAUGCGCAUCCAGAGCCUGCUCGACCUGAUGAUGAUCUUUCUGCAGAAUCCCAUCUACAAUUAUCUGUGCGCCCAGGAGAAGCUCUGCCACUAUGUGUUUCCCAAGGUGCGCCUCUAUUACGGCAUUAUUGGCUACUCGAUAACCGCCUCGUCGAAGCAUACGUUAAAGGAGGCCAGUGGUCUGGAGCAAGCCAUGGAUAAGUUCCGCCUCAAGAUGCUGCAGAUACUCAAGAAAAUGUGCAACGAAGAGUUCCUGCGCACCAAGGAGAAGGUCAUUGCGGCGAAGCUUGCCCCGGACGAGGACCUGACCAUCGCAUCGGAUCGCCAUUGGGAGGAGAUUGUCAAUGGCGACUAUCUGUUCGAUCGCAAUCAACAACUGGCCGAUGCCCUGCGCAAUCUAACCAAAAACGAAAUGUUCAGCUUCCUGAUGCACACCGACGCUGCCAAUUUGCGCAAACUUUCGAUUCAGGUGAUUGGAUACUCGCCGACCGAAUGGGCCAGCGGCUAUUCAUCGGAUAAAACCAAUUGCAGCAGCGAUGCCUUCUUCGAGACCACUCAGACGCCAAGUUCUGCUUCAGAGGAUGCAUUGGGCUAUAGGGAUGUGGAUGAGGAAGAAAGUCUGUACGAGGACUUGGGCAAUCGAGUGAGCCUUGUGUUCCUGCCCAGAGACGGCGGCACUAUGAACACCAUUGUGGAUAUUGAUGACUUCAAGACGAGCCUCGAUUCAUACCCACGCCGCAAGUUGUUGCCUGAGAACCAAGAGAAUCAACGUACCGCGCGCUUGGAGCUGGCGCUUAGACGCUCCGCCGCACGAUUUCAACCCAAUUAGUUAAAUUUCAGUUUUUACCAAUUCAGUUCAAAUGAAAUGUUAAAUAUAAAAACAAAGACAAUCUUCCACCUCUACAGAAAACAUACAAAAAUAACAUAGUACCUGAACGAAACAAAUUUGUGAUCCAGAAUAAAAUGAAACAUUAUUAGGCACUGCAUAAAUGGUAGGCAACCAACAAAUGUACGUAGGUAAAUACUGUACAUUACUAAACCUAAACAUAAUAAUAGAGACUUACAUUAUAUUUUGUUACCUGUGCAGUUGAUAGCCCUGGC